AUGAGCUUCACCUGUGGAUUGCAGUCAGCUAUGAGAAACUGUGUUUACUUUAGAUUUAAUUCACUGACCAAUGGGAGAAAAUAUAACACACUAGCUGUAAACUCACAGGGCUGUAAUCAAGUACAAAUGAACUAUAUAGUAAGUAACUAUCAGGGACUGAGAAUAAAUCAGUGUGAUAGGUUUACUUUUCCUCCUAGAAAUGUUCACUUCUAUAAGACUUUUAAUAACAAGAGAACAGGAUGCCUCACAAGUAACAAAAAUAAGGAGCUUUGGAGGAUUACCUACAAGUGUACUGCAUGGAAUGACUCUUUCUCAAGACAGCUGUUGAUAAAAGAAGUUUUGCCUUUUUCAGCAUUGCAUCCUUUAUGCUGUUUUCCUAUAAGAGAGAUCAGAAGUUUCCACACUUCUCCACGUUUUCAAGCUGCUCCAGUUCCUCUCCUGUUAAUCAUUCUUAAGCCUGUGCAGAAACUACUUGCAAUCAUCGUAGGCAGGGGCAUAAGGAAAUGGUGGCAGGCACUUCCUCCUAACAAGAAGGAACUAUUUAAACAAAGUGUACGGAAGAAUAAAUGGAAGUUAUUCCUUGGUAUGAGUAGUUUUGGAUUGCUAUUCCUAGUGUUUUAUUCUACUCACCUGGAAAUGAGUCCAAUCACAGGAAGGAGAAAGCUGCUAUUAUUGGGGAAGGAACAUUUCAGACUUUUGUCAGAACUGGAAUAUGAAUCAUGGAUAGAAGAAUUUAAAAAUGAUAUGCUAACUGAGAAAGACGCAAGAUACCUGACCAUUAAAAAAGUAGUUAAUCAUCUAAUUGAAUGCAAUAAAGAUGUCCCGGGAAUCUCGGAGAUCAAUUGGGUUAUUCAUGUGGUGGAUUCUCCACAAAUAAAUGCUUUUGUACUUCCAAAUGGACAAGUGUUUGUUUUCACUGGGCUUUUAAAUAGUGUAAAUGAUAUUCAUCAACUUUCCUUCCUUCUGGGCCAUGAAAUUGCUCAUGCAGUACUUGAGCAUGCUGCAGAAAAGGCUAGCUUGGGUCAUUUAUUGGAUUUCCUGGGUUUGAUUUUUCUCACAAUGAUAUGGGCCAUUUGUCCUCGAGAUAGUUUGGCACUUUUGGGCCAGUGGAUACAGUCUAAAUUGCAGGAGUAUAUGUUUAAUAGACCGUAUAGUAGAACACUGGAAGCUGAGGCUGACAAAAUUGGACUACAGCUUGCUGCCAAGGCUUGUGUGGAUGUCCGAGCCAGUUCCGUAUUUUGGCAGCAGAUGGAGUUCGCAGAUAAGCUCCAUGGUCACCCCAAGUUGCCAGCAUGGUUAUCCACACACCCUUCUCAUGGAAAUCGAGCUGAGUGCUUAGAUAGACUUAUACCUCAGGCUCUUAAAAUAAGAGACAGCUGUAAUUGCCCACCUCUUUCUGGACCUGACCCUCGAUUACUGUUCAGACUCACCACGAAGCAUUUUCUGGAAGAAUCAGAGAAAGAAGAUAAAAAUAUUACUGUUAAGAAACAUAAAAUGGAUACUCUUCCUAUUCAAAAGCAGGAACAAAUACCGUUAACAUACAUAGUUGAGAAGAGAACUGACAGUUGA